AUUAAACAAUUAUUUUCUGUAUUGUGUCUAGUCACAAUGAGUUGUGAAAUGUCUCCAUAUGUUGUCAUAGGAGGCGGCAUAGCUGGCGUUUCAUGUGCACAAAGUCUUAAAGUAAUUUCAUCUAACAAACAAACAAAAGUAGUGUUAUUAUCAUCAAGUUCCGUUGUUAAAUCAGUGACAAAUAUAAAUAGAAUCACACAAAACAUUGAAGAUUUUGAUGUUACAGAAACCAAAAUAAACGAACUCAAUGAUUCAUCCCUUGGUAUAGAAGCAAAAUGUUGUGAUGUGGUCAAAAUAAAUCCAGAAAAACAAGUGGUAAUAACAUCAACUGGUGAAGAAAUAUUUUAUUCCAAACUAUGUGUUUGUACAGGAGCAAAACCAAGUUUGAUCAAUAACCAAUGCCCUCAUGUCAUUGGAAUUCGUGAUACCCAAACUGUUAAUGAAUUGGAAUCACUUGUCGCCAAGUCUAAAAAAAUAGUCGUUGUUGGAAAUGGUGGGAUUGCAAUGGAGCUUGUUUAUAGCUUGGAAAAUAUUGAUGUUGUUUGGGUUAUUAAAGAUACAUCGAUCGGCAAAACAUUUUUUGACGGUGGUGCUGCUGAGUUUUUGCUAUCUAGUCUUGAUCAACCUAAAGAUAAAUCAGAUACUUUAGUCGAACCUGAUAAAAGAAGAUCAAAAUACACAGUUUUUAAUCUGUCAAAUAACUCAUCUACUUCUGCGCCCGUGUUAGGUGGCAGUGCCCUUGGUCCUGACUGGCAUCAACAGACUUCUCUCACAGGUAGCUCAUCAAAAAAUAUCACGUUCGAGUACGGAUGUACAGUGCAAGAAAUUCUUUAUGGUGGAAGUUUGGUUGGUUCAGAUGGUCAAUUUCCAGUUGAAGUGAUAUUAUCGAAUGGAAAACAUAUCGAAUGUGAUUUUGUUGUUAGUGCAACUGGAGUUUCACCUAAUAUUCAUUUGUUUAAUAACAUGCCGAGUUGCACUAUCAAUUUGGAUGGCGGAGUAGAAGUUGACUCCAACAUGCGAGUGACUGGUGUGAAAAAUAUUUAUGCCGCAGGCGAUGUGUGCAGUUGUUCUUGGCAAAAAUCAUCUCACUGGUUGCAGAUGCGUUUGUGGACACAAGCUAGACAGAUGGGUAUAUUUGCAGCGCAAUGUAUGGUUUCACAUUCAGAAACAGGCACUGAUCCCAUUCUAGAUUUUUGUUUUGAGGUCUUCACUCAUGUGACAAAAUUCUUUGGUUACAAAAUUGUACUUCUUGGAAAAUACAAUUGCCAAAAUCUUGAUCUUGAUAAAACACAGUUGGUCGUUCGCGUAACACCCGGGCUUGAAUAUAUCAAAGUUGUAUUAUUCGAAGGACGAAUGUAUGGAGCUGUACUUGUUGGAGAAACGGAUUUGGAGGAAACAUUUGAAAAUCUCAUUUUAAAUGGAAUGGAUUUAUCUCACUAUGGCGAAAACUUACUGCAUCCUAAUGUAGAUUUGGACGAUUAUUUUGAUUAAAAUAUUGUUUUUUGCUGUAUACGUCUUUGUUAAAACAGCUGCUUUUGUUAACCCUUGUACCUUUCAUUUAGCUGACUGGAUAUAUGUACAGAAACUUGCUAAUAGUUCGAAUGAGUAACCAUCACCAAUUAAUAGUUUUCUCAACAUUAAAUAUUUUGUAUUGAAUGCUUAGCUCAUCAGAUCAAUAUCAAUUUUUUUGUAGAUUUGUCCCUUGUUCAUUAGCAUUUUAAUUUGAAAUAUCCGAUCUGAUUAUUUUAUUUAUGGUCUCUCAAAUAAUCGAAUCAUUUUCGAUAAACUAUUAGAUUUAGGUAGCAGUAGUGAUUCAUUUUGAAUUCAAAUUUUGCACUGUUCUACUUUUAUUUCAG